AUGCCCGGUGGGGAGGAAGGCAACAUGAACAUGGACAUUGAUGCCAACACCAGUAGUGAUGGAUAUUCGGAGGUAAUUAUUUCGGAUGAUGAAGCAACAGAGCAGCAAAUAGGCGGCAAGCAGCAACAGGAACACUAUCGCCAAAUCCAGCAGCGCCAUCAAGAGCAGCGCCAUCCUCAGCAGCAGCAGCGCAACCAAAACCAGCAGCAGCGUAUCCAAAACCAACAGCAGCGCUUCCCAAGUCAACAAACCCAACAACAACAACAACAGCCCACGCGAAUUGUACAGGUGCCAACACACAACGAGCAAUCACAACAACAGCAGCAACACCAAACUCCGCAGAUUGAUUGUCCGCUUAUGAGAGCGUUGGAGCGGAACGCCAAUAUCGUCGAGGAGAUGGAAUAG